CGCGCGCGGAGGAGGCGCGCUCGCACAAAGUUUGUGCCUGCGGGUGCGCCUCACUCCGGCUCGCCCGGCUUGGUGAGCGGCGGCCGGGGGGCGGCGAGUGCCCGCGGGAGAGGCCCGAUGUGCCGCGAGUCGCCGUGCCAGGUGACCAGCUCCCGGAAGGCCGGUCGCGGCCAUGGGCACUCUGGGCAAGGCGAGAGAGGCUCCGCGGAAAUCUUCCAAUGGCUGCAGAGCUGGCCCUAAAGCAAGACUAGAGGCCAAGCCAGCUGCCAACACUCUGCCUUCCCAUCCCAGCCUGGCCCAGAUCACCCAGUUCCGAAUGAUGGUUUCUCUGGGACACUUAGCCAAAGGAGCCAGCCUGGACGAGCUCAUUGACAGCUGCAUUCAAUCUUUUGAUGCAGAUGGCAACCUGUGUCGGAGUAACCAGCUGCUGCAAGUCAUGCUGACCAUGCACCGAAUUAUCAUCUCCUCAGCGGACCUGCUCCAGAAAGUCAUUGCCCUCUAUAAGGAUGCCUUGGCGAAGAAUUCACCAGGGCUUUGUCUGAAGAUCUGUUAUUUUAUAAGGUACUGGAUCACAGAGUUCUGGAUCAUGUUUAAGAUGGAUGCCGGCCUGACCCACACCAUGGAGGAGUUUCAGGAGCUCGUGAAAACAAAUGGCGAGGAGUUACACUGCCGCCUGAUUGACACAACCCAGAUCAAUGCGCGUGACUGGUCCAGGAAACUUACUCAGCGGAUAAAGUCAAAUACCAGCAAGAAACGGAAGGUAUCCCUGCUCUUCGACCAUCUGGAGCCGGAGGAGCUGUCUGAGCACCUCACCUACCUUGAAUUCAAGUCCUUCCGGCGGAUUUCGUUCUCUGACUACCAAAACUACCUUGUAAAUAGCUGUGUGAAGGAGAACCCCACCAUGGAGCGAUCUAUUGCCUUGUGCAACGGCAUCUCCCAAUGGGUACAGCUGAUGGUUCUCAGUCGCCCCACCCCGCAGCUCCGAGCUGAAGUUUUCAUCAAGUUCAUUCAAGUGGCUCAGAAGCUCCACCAGCUACAGAACUUCAAUACAUUGAUGGCUGUGAUAGGUGGGCUGUGCCACAGCUCAAUCUCCAGGCUGAAGGAGACCAGUUCACAUGUCCCACAUGAAAUCAACAAGGUUCUGGGUGAGAUGACUGAGCUGCUGUCCUCCUGCAGAAAUUAUGAUAACUACCGGCGAGCCUAUGGCGAGUGCACCCACUUCAAGAUCCCCAUCCUAGGGGUGCACCUCAAGGACCUCAUUUCCCUGUAUGAAGCUAUGCCUGACUACCUGGAGGAUGGGAAGGUCAAUGUGCACAAGCUGCUGGCGCUUUACAAUCACAUCAAUGAACUGGUCCAGCUUCAAGAGGUGGCACCACCUUUGGAUGCCAACAAGGACUUAGUACACCUGCUAACGUUAUCCCUGGAUCUUUACUACACCGAAGAUGAAAUCUAUGAACUUUCAUAUGCCCGGGAACCAAGGAACCACAGAGCCCCACCGCUGACACCUUCAAAGCCUCCAGUGGUAGUGGACUGGGCCUCUGGAGUGUCUCCAAAACCUGACCCCAAGACUAUUAGCAAACACGUCCAGAGGAUGGUGGAUUCUGUCUUCAAGAACUAUGAUCAUGACCAGGAUGGAUACAUUUCUCAGGAAGAGUUUGAAAAAAUUGCUGCCAGCUUUCCAUUUUCCUUCUGUGUGAUGGACAAAGACAGGGAAGGCCUCAUCAGCAGAGACGAGAUCACAGCCUACUUCAUGAGGGCUAGUUCAAUCUACUCCAAGCUGGGCCUGGGCUUUCCGCACAACUUCCAAGAGACCACCUACUUGAAGCCCACCUUCUGUGACAACUGUGCUGGAUUUCUCUGGGGAGUGAUCAAACAAGGAUAUCGAUGUAAAGACUGUGGGAUGAACUGCCACAAACAAUGCAAAGACCUAGUUGUGUUUGAGUGCAAGAAGCGAGCUAAGAGUCUAGCAGCUUCCACAGAGAACAGCAUUUCUGUGGGAUCAAUGUCCAACCUAUGUCCACUGGGGACCAAAGACCUUCUCCAUGCACCCGAGGAAGGAUCCUUUACAUUUCCAAAUGGGGAGGCUUUAGAGCACAAUGAAGAGAGCAAGGAUCGCACCAUCAUGCUGAUGGGAGUAUCUUCACAGAAGAUCUCUGUGCGACUGAAAAGGACUGUUGCCCACAAGGCCACGCAGACCGAAUCGCUACCGUGGAUUGGCAGUGAGGGUCCUUCUGGUCCCUUUGUGCUUUCUUCUCCAAGGAAAACAGCCCCAGAUACUCUGUAUGUGCUUCCCAGUCCCACAUCCCCAUGCCCUAGCCCAGUACUGGUCAGAAAGCGGGCGUUUGUCAAGUGGGAGAAUAAAGAUUCUAUCAUAAAAUCAAAGGAGGAGCUACGUCGCCUAAGACUUCCAACCUACCAAGAGCUGGAACAGGAAAUCAAUACUCUGAAAGCAGAUAAUGAUGCCCUAAAGAUCCAACUGAAAUACGCACAGAAGAAAAUAGAAUCCCUUCAGCUUGAAAAAAGCAAUCAUGUUUUCGCUCAAAUGGAACAGAGCGAUUGUUCUUAGCCCAGAGACGAAAGCAACACAACCCUGUAAAUGACGAUAGCACAGAUCUCAUUUCUUAGACUGAAAGAACUGGGACACUUUACACUGUCUUUUAAGGCGUACUGUAAAAAGGAAAAGCCAGUUACUCCAUGCAGCCCCUGCCAAAAUUCUGAAUGUACACGUGACUUAAAGGACAACUGAAGACAUUUUUGGCCAUUCAUACUACGAACCUUAUCUGGAACUAACUCCAAAAGUGU